UUUUCCAAGCGGGCCAAAGUGGUGAGCCGCUCAGAGCAUUCCCCGGCCCCUGGCUGUCCCCUUCGCUCCUCCACUCGACAGCCAGUCGCCUGACGCCUGCACCUCCAGGCCAGCAGGGGCGGACGAACGUUUCCCGUCGCCCCGGGCGCAGGGAGGUGCAGGCACCUUGCAUGGGAAUCGACUUCCCCUGGCCGCCCUGGACUGCAUGAACAGGCGAGGGAUGCAGACUGCGAGACCGUAUCACGCGAGCUCCUUGCGAUGCAGUCUGGUACUCUACAGCCGCUGCGUGGCACCCAAUACAUCCUAACACAUGCGAGGGAAAAACGUGCGUAUUGCAAUGGACGAGCCGUCGGUGCGACGCGUGACCAUUGCCCAGACGCGCCAACAAAAACAGUUGCAAGAUCCUGAAGGCGGAGUCGGCCCACUGCGCAACAAACACUGCGGGCGGCGCGGGCACUUCGUCCGACUCGUUUCUGUGCACUCGGCAAGAUUCUGGGAUCCACGCUACCAUCCGCUGACUUCCCCUGACACUGUCGGCGCCGUUGGGAAAAUCGGCGUGCUACGUACUGAGAUGGAGGGAAGGAGGGGAUGGAGGGAAAGAGGGAGGGAGCAGAAUGAGUAGAAGAGGGAGAAAGGAAGAAAGGGGAGGAUGGAGGGAAGGGAUCAGAAGACUGAUCAAGCGAGGAACAACGACUACCGCGACCAGACAGGAGGUGGCAUUGAGCAUAUGCACCAACAACGCCCGAUCGCUGCAGGCUCCUACCUCAUCAAUUUCAGAAGGCGGCCUGCUGAUAAGGUGAACGCCAAAGCGAAUAAGGCCAAGGCCAGCAUGGGUUGGAAUACCAUGUGGGACCUCGUCUAGAACAGGAAUAUACCGGUGAAGGAGAGGAAAAGCGAGGAAGGGGGUGGAUGGGCUCUUCACUACCAUUAUUUCAGAAAGCCCCGACAUGAAAUGCGUACGUAGUCCUACGCUCAUCCGUCUGCACUGAAAAGGGCGCAAUCAUCCUGUGUGCUAUACCGUCCCUCAUCACACGGGCACGGUGGCGGAUCAUUGCAAGUGCUGCAGCAAGCUUCCCUCGCAGCAGCGCAGAGGCCGGCUCUCUUUAGAGCUCCGCACGAGGUGAAGUCCUGCCCGACGGUUGAAGAAUUUGCCACCUUGAUGACAGCCUCGUCGUUGUCCUCGCACGGCUGGCUGCAAGUGCCACAGCACACAGACCGGACCUUCUCGCCGUGGUCCUCGUCGUUGCAGAAGCCCCUCAGGAGCUCGCAGAACUUGUUCUGCGGCUGGUCGUGCCUGGGAGCGGCGGUGUCGAAGGAGCACCGAGCACUGGCGUCGACUUUCCUGGUGCCGCGCGACCACGCCAGCAUCUGCAUCAGAACAUCUGUGUGGUUCUUGUCCUCACAGCUGGGAUCCUGGACGAGCCCGCAGCCGCUCGGCUGAGCCCGCCGCCUCCAACUGGGCCCCAUCGGGCUGGGCCCGGCCGCGACUCGCCGCUCCGCUGGCGUCCUCGCGGAGAGCCCGCAGCCGCUCCGCCGAGUCCUUCGCCUCAGGCUGGGCCCAACCGCAACCUCCCUCGGCCUUCUCCCUCGUCUUCCGCCCUCCUCG